AAGGUGUAUCCGCCCCUGCCUACUAGUUUACCCGAUCAAAUCGCACCAUAUCGAGUCGAGUUCCACAGCGAUAGCCUGAGACUGUUAAGCAUGUCUGAAGGAGAAAAGGAUUCCGGCAGCGUUAGCCCUCAACAGUCGGCGCCGAGGCCCGGCGGGUACUACUUGGCGAAGUACUUACUUCGUGGUAGUGCCGUCAUCCACGCAGUCCGAGGCCAUCUCCGCUCCCCGACCUCCGAUGACAUCGUAUUUGGAAAGGAGACAUCUUUGGAGUUGGUGGUAAUUGAUGAAGAUGGAAUAGUGCAAUCAAUCUGCGAGCAACCUGUAUUUGGGAUUAUCAAAGAUCUUGCCAUCUUAGGAUGGAAUGAUAAAUUUAGGCAAUCAAGGCCACAGAUGAUAGGGAAAGAUCAAUUGGUGGUUCUUUCAGAUUCAGGAAAGCUUUCUUUUCUUGCCUUCUCCUUUGAGAUGCAUAGGUUCCUUGCGAUGAACCAUAUACAAUUGUCCAAGCCAGGAAAUUCGAUUGAUCAGGUUGGAAGAAUGCUGGCUGUUGACCCGGAUGGAUGUUUUAUUGCAGCUAGCGCAUUUGAAGACCAAUUUGCUUUGUUUUCUAUGUCCACAUCUGUUGGAGACAACAUGAUUGAUGAGAAAAUGUUCUAUCCACCAGAAUACAAAGGAGAAACAAGUCUUAUAAAGGAUGCUAUGAGGACAAACGUUCGUGGUACAAUUUGGAGCAUGUGCUUUGUUUCUCAUGGCACUGAUUGUUCAAGCACGGGAUAUUAUCCAAUACUGGCCACUAUAAUGCAUAGGAAAGCAAGAUUAAGGAAUGAAUUGUUGCUGUUUGGGUGUAACAUAAGAACACGUGCUAUUCAAUUUAUUUCAUCAUACCCUGAAGCUGAAAUUGGGCCAUUGGCCCUUAAUAUAUCUGCUGUUCCUCAUCUUUCUGGAUUUGCAGUUGUGUUUAGGAUAGGUGAUGCUCUCCUAAUGGAUUUUAGAGACCCAUAUUCUAUACAAUGUGUUCAAAGAAUAAACUUUGGCUUACCUAGUAUAAUUGAAGAACCGGGUUCUUUUCAUGAGUCUUCUAGAAGUAUGGAUAUUGAUGAUGAAGGAAUGUCUAAUGUGGCUGUUUGUGCAUUGCUGGAAUUGAGUGAUUCAGCAGCUGCUAUGGCCAAAGAUGAUCCCAUGAAUAUUGACAAUGGUAUAGAAACAACUUCAACUUCCAAGCAUGUAUGUGCCUGUUGUUGGGAACCUGAUGGGUUAGCAAGUGCAAAUUUGGUCCUUUGUUUGGAUGUAGGGGAACUUUACAUCCUUGAAAUUCAUUCAACAAUUGAAGGAAUCAGAGUUGAUAUCUCUGAUUGCCUCUACAGAUGUGUGCCCUGUAAGGAGCUUAUAUGGCUGAAGGGUGGUUUUGUAAUGGGACUUAUAGAAAUGGGAGAUGGUUUUGUUUUAAAGCUGGAUGAUGGAGGCCUCGUGUACAAAAGCAUCAUUCAGAAUAUUGCACCAAUUUUGGAUUUAGCUGUUGUUGAUGACCAUGAUGAAAAACAAGAUCAAAUGUUUUCCUGCUGUGGCAUGAGUCCUGUGGGAUCAUUGAGAGUCAUACGAACUGGUUUAAGUGUGGAUAAGCUUGUGAAAACUACUCCAAAUUAUGAAGGAAUAACAGGAACUUGGACAUUGAGGAUGAAAAAGAGUGAUCCUUAUCAUUCAUUUCUUGUAGUGUCUUUUGUUGAGGAGACGAGAGUUCUCUCAGUUGGGUUAAAUUUCGUUGAUGUUACUGAUGCCAUUGGUUUUCAGGCUGAUGUCUGUACUCUAGCAUGUGGUUUGGUGUCCGAUGGUUUUCUGGUUCAGAUUCAUAGGGCAGGCGUGAGACUGUGUUUGCCCACUACAGCUGCUCAUGUGAAUGGUUUCCCCCUCUUAAUACCAUUUUGCACCUCUUGGUGCCCUGAUUAUAUGUCUAUCAGUUCAGGUGCAGUGGGCCAUAAUGUGAUUGUUGUAUCUACUUCUAGUCCUUGCUUUUUGUUUGUUCUUGGCAUAAGAUCAUUAGCAGCAGCAUAUCAACAUGAAUUAUAUGAAAUUCAUCAUUGGAAGUUGCUGCAUGAGGUUUCUUGCAUAUCCAUACCCGAACAAGAAAUCAACUUUGAACAGCUGUUAUCAAUUGUUCAUUUAGCCGAGAAAGAUAAUCAAGAAACUGUCUGUAAUGGAGAUGGACGUUGCAUAACUUUUGUGAUUGGUACCCACGCACCAUCUGUUGAAGUUAUAUUUUUGGCACAUGAUCAAGACUUUAGGAUCCUUUCAAGUGGGGAAAUUUCAAUAGACGAUCCGCUUGAAACUCCUAUAAGUAGCUGCAUCCCUGAAGAUGUUCGGCUUGUGUUAGUUGAUAGGUUUUAUGUACUUGCUGGCUUGAGAAAUGGAAUUCUGCUUCGGUAUGAGUUGUCUCAGACAUCAGUUCUAUCUUCUUCCUAUUAUUUUGUGAAAAACCGUGGGAACAUCAGAUCUUUUCAAUUAGAGUUGAUUGCUAUUCGACGCCUUGGUGCAGCUCCUGUUGUGUUGGUUCCUUUGCGGGAUGCACUUGAUACAGAUGUAGUUGUACUCUGUGAAAUGCCCUGGCUUUUACAUGUUGCAAGGCACAGCAUUGUUUAUACAUCGAUCUCAUUCCAAACUGCUACCCAUGUAACCGCGGUGUCCUCUUUCGAUUGCCCAAAUGGAAUUUUAUUUGUUGCUGACAGCAGUUUGCAUUUGCUUGAACUGGGUCAUCACAAGAGAAUUAAUGUUCGUAAGUUCUCAAUUGAAGGAACUCCACGGAAGGUAUUAUACCAUAAAGAAAGUAAGACAUUGCUAAUAUUGAGGACGGGACUUAGGGAUACUCCAUUCUCAUCAGAUAUAUGCCGUGUGGAUCCUUUUAGUGGAGUUGUGAUAUCAAAGUUCCCAUGCGAGCUUGGUGAAACGGCAAAAUGUAUGCAAAUAAUGAAAGUAGGAUAUCAGCAUCUAUUAGUUGUUGGGACUAGUCAGUGUCCUGGUCGGACUAUCAUGCCCAGCGGUGAAGCUGAAAGUACAAAGGGAAGGCUUAUCAUAUUAAGCUUGGGAAAUGCACAAAAUACCUCUGAAAGCAGUACCUAUCAGUCUAAUUUCUCAUCACCUUCUCGGAUUUCUUCGCCUCUGCAUGAAGUUGUUGGACAUUCAACUGAAAAGUUAUCAUGCAACAGUGUUGGCAGCAGUCCAGAUGAUUGUAGUAGUGAUGGAGUUAAAAUUGAAGAAACGGAGGCUGGGUUGUUAAGGGUAAUUUAUCAGAAUCAAUUGUCUGGUGCUGUUCUUGCUGUCUGCCCAUUUCUAAAUCGUUAUCUAUUGGCGUCCUCUGGUAAUAUUUUGAAUGUCUUCUGCUUUGUCACUGAAAAUCCUCUGCGACUGAGAAGGCAUUCCAUGACCAAAACACGCUUUACCAUAACUUGUUUGACUACAUGUUUCACUAGAAUUGCUGUUGGUGAUUGUCGUGAUGGCAUCCUUUUCUACUCCUAUACAGAUGAUCUUAGGAAAUUGGAACAGCUCUAUUCUGACCCAGUUCAGAGAUUGGUUGCUGACUGUACUCUGCUAGAUAUGGACACUGCUGUUGUCUCAGACCGUAGAGGGAGCAUCUCAGUUCUGUCAGAUGUUGGUGAAUUAUAUGGUAGUGACAAUCCAGAAAAGAACCUGUUGGUAAAUUGUUCCUAUUACAUGGGAGAGUCUGUUAUGAGCAUCCGAAAGGGUUUAUUUUUGUACAGAUCGUCAGUGGAUGACUUGUUGAAUGAUUCUGAUGGCACUGAUAUAGGUUGCAAGUCUUUAGAUAAUAACAUUGUUGCAAGCACACUUCUUGGAAGUAUGCUCAUACUUAUUCCUGUUACAAGUGAGGAACAUUAUUUGUUAGAGACUGUGCAGGCAAGGCUUGCUGUUCAUCCUUUGACUGCUCCCGUUCUAGGAAAUGACCAUAAGGAAUUUCGCGGACGUCUUUCGCGGGCCGGAGUUCCAACCAUGCUUGAUGGAGAUAUGCUCCUCCAAUUCCUGGAGUUAACUUUACUGGAACAGGAAGCUGUGCUCUCUCUCCCUCUCCUUGAGAACACAGAUGCUUCUUCUACCUCUGAUUCUUCUGAUUCAUAUCAACCUCUCUGUCCGAAUCAGGUCAUUCAGAUACUGGAGAGAAUCCAUCAUGCUUCCACUUGAGGGCUCGACAUUAUUCUUCACAUCACCAUUUUUAAAGCUUCAGAUUCAAACCAGAGCUAAAUUUGUUGCUGCUGCUAUGCCUCAAUGGUUUAUUUAUCAUUCACUUGAUGAAUGCUUGUUUCUGAUGUAAAUUACUAUAAGCAUCAUAAUGCAUUAUAGAGUUAUGUUAGCAUCCAUUGUAUGAUUCGAGAAGAGAAGCAUUGAAUUGGUGGAUUUUUUUAAUGAAUUUAUGCCAAAUUUUUAUGUUAAAACCA